UUACUCAUUUCCCACUGACUCUCCCCUCUCUCUCUCUCUAUACUCCCCAAAGUCCCUUUUUACUUCUCCUCAGUGUGUGUAGGUUUUUAAUCUUUUGCGAAUUCUCUAUUGACCGAAAACAAUCUCAAACAACAGCAAGAAGAUAAAACCAGUUCUUCUCUCUAUCUCUACUCUCUCUCUCUAAAUUCGUAGACAACCUAGAUUGUGCUUCUUUUAUCUGAUGAAAGCCCUAGAUUCCAGAGCUGAACUCUGUACAAGAAUGGCUGCAAUUUUGCCCUAGAAAUCAUCGACAUGUUCCGUGCAGCUCAGACUACUUCAGUAAAGUAGUUGAGGGAAAGGGGUUCAGAGAAGCCAUGGAGGGGGAUGAGCAUAAACUUAUGUUGGCUUGCGUGAUUUCCGGGACCCUUUUCUCUAUUUUGGGUUCUUCUUCUUUUUCUAUACUCUGGGCGGUAAAUUGGCGGCCGUGGCGGAUUUAUAGCUGGAUAUUUGCCAGAAAAUGGCCAAAUUUCUUACAAGGACCUCAGCUGGGAAUAUUAUGUGGUUUUCUGUCUCUAUCUGCAUGGAUGGUUGUUAUUUCUCCAGUUGUGGUGCUUAUCAUAUGGGGAUGCUGGUUAAUUUUAAUAUUGGGUCGAGAUAUAAUUGGUUUGGCUGUAAUAAUGGCUGGAAUUUCUCUUCUUUUGGCAUUCUAUUCGAUCAUGCUUUGGUGGAGAACACAGUGGCAAAGCUCAAGGGCUGUUGCUGUUCUUCUUCUCCUGGCUGUUGCCCUGCUUUGUGCAUACGAACUUUGUGCUGUGUAUGUUACAGCAGGUUCACGUGCAUCUGAGCGAUAUUCACCCUCAGGCUUCUUCUUUGGUGUAUCAGCUAUUGCCCUUGCAAUAAACAUGCUCUUUAUUUGUAGAAUGGUUUUUAAUGGAAAUGGCUUAGAUGUAGAUGAAUAUGUGCGGAGAGCGUACAAAUUUGCUUAUUCUGAUUGUAUCGAAGUGGGUCCGGUUGCUUGCUUACCAGAACCACCAGAUCCCAAUGAAUUAUAUUCUCGUCAAUCCAAAAGGGUUUCACAUCUUGUGCUUCUCUAUCUUGGCUCACUUGUAGUACUUCUCGUGUAUUCCAUCUUAUACGGUCUGACAGCAAAGGAAGCGCGUUGGCUGGGGGCUACUACAUCAGCUGCUGUCAUUAUUCUUGAUUGGAACAUUGGGGCUUGCUUAUAUGGGUUUCAGCUGCUUAAAAGUCGUGUUGUAGCACUUUCUGUUGCUGGAGCAUCUCGGGUCUUCCUAAUUUGCUUUGGAGUUCACUAUUGGUAUCUGGGACAUUGUGUUAGUUAUGCCGUUGUAGCGUCUGUGCUAUUAGGUGCUGCUGUUUCCCGACAUUUAUCAGUUACAAACCCCUUAGCUGCAAGGAGAGAUGCCUUACAGAGUACAGUGAUCCGCCUAAGAGAGGGAUUUCGUAGGAAAGAACAUAACAGUUCAUCUAGCUCUUCUGAAGGUGGUGGCUCAAGUGUAAAACACAGUAGUAGUGCUGAUACAGGUCACCUUGGUAAUAGUAUGGCACGUUGCACAAAUGAUGCUACUAGUUGGAAUAAUGUUGAGGGGAUUAAUAGUGAUAAGAGCAUAGAUAGUGGAAGGCCAAGUUUAGCAUUACAUAGCAGUUCCUGUAGAUCAGUUGUUCAAGAGCCUGAAGUAGGAACAUCCUAUGCUGAAAGAAAUUUUGAUCACAACAGCUUGGUAAUAUGUUCUAGUAGUGCUCCUGAAAGUCAAGGGUGUGAGUCGAGUGCAUCAACUUCCACAAAUCAACAAACACUGGAUUUGAAUUUAGCUCUUGCAUUCCAAGAAAAGUUGAACGAUCCAAGGAUUACAUCUAUGCUGAAAAGGAGAUCAAGACAGGGAGAUCAAGAACUAACUAGUUUAUUGCAAGACAAAGGACUAGAUCCCAAUUUUGCUGUGAUGUUGAAGGAGAAGGGCUUGGAUCCAACCAUCCUUGCAUUACUGCAGAGAAGUAGUUUGGAUGCAGAUAGAGAUCAUCGUGACAAUACUGAUAUAACCAUCAUUGAUUCAAACAGUGUUGACAAUCCCUUACCCAAUCAAAUUUCACUGUCCGAAGAACUUAGGCUCCGCGGUUUAGAGAAGUGGCUUCAGUUUUCUAGAUUGGUUUCGCAGAAUAUAGCAGGCACCCCGGAGCGUGCAUGGGUUCUUUUCAGUUUUAUCUUCAUCCUUGAAACAGUCAUUGUGGCCAUUUUUCGCCCAAAGACAAUUAAAGUUAUAAAUGCUACACACCAACAGUUUGAAUUCGGCUUUGCGGUGCUGCUUUUAUCUCCUGUAGUCUGUUCAAUAAUGGCUUUCCUUCGUUCACUUCAAGCUGAAGAAAUGGCCAUGACUUCGAAGCCUCGCAAGUAUGGAUUUGUUGCUUGGCUGCUGAGCACCUGUGUUGGUUUGUUGCUAUCUUUCUUGAGCAAAUCUUCAGUUCUUCUCGGUUUGUCUUUGACACUCCCUCUCAUAGUGGCAUGUCUGUCUGUUGCUAUUCCUAUAUGGAUCCAUAAUGGCUACCAGUUUUGGAUUUCUAAAGUUGAUUGUGGAGGUCAUGCUGGAAAUCAUCGAAGUCUGGGCAUGAAGCAGGGUGCUGUUCUUUUUAUCUGCAUAUCAAUAUUUACUGGAUCUGUCUUAGCUCUUGGUGCAAUAGUAUCUGCCAAGCCUUUGGAUGAUUUGGGGUAUAAGGGAUUGGCUGGUGAUCAGAAUAAUGUUGCAUCUCCAUACACAUCAUCUGUGUAUCUUGGCUGGGCAAUGGCUUCUGCUAUUGCUUUAAUAGUUACUGGUGUUCUACCAAUUGUAUCCUGGUUUGCGACCUACCGGUUCUCUCUCUCUUCUGCUAUAUGUGUGGGAAUAUUUGCAGUUGUCCUAGUGGCAUUUUGUGGCGCAUCCUAUUUGGAGGUUGUGAGUUCUAGAGACGACCAGGUUCCAACUAAGACUGAUUUCCUGGCUUCUUUACUUCCUCUCGUGUGCAUCCCGGCAUUGCUAACACUAUGUUCUGGGCUGCUUAAAUGGAAAGAUGAUGACUGGAAACUUUCUCGAGGUGUUUAUGUGUUUAUUGUCAUUGGUCUUCUUCUUCUGCUUGGUGCAAUUUCAGCUGUUAUAGUUAUAGUUAAACCAUGGACAGUAGGGGCAGCGUUCCUUUUAGUUCUUCUUCUCAUCGUCCUAGCUAUUGGUGUCAUCCACUACUGGGCUUUGAACAAUUUCUAUUUGACCAGGACACAGAUGUUCUUUGUUUGUUUCCUUGCUUUUCUUUUGGCUUUGGCAGCAUUGCUCAUUGGAUGGUUUGAAGAUAAAGCUUUUGUUGGAGUAUCUGUUGGUUACUUUUCCUUUCUCUUUCUCCUGGCUGGAAGGUCGUUAAGUGUGCUUCUUUCACCUCCUAUUGUAGUUUACUCUCCAAGGGUACUUCCAGUAUAUGUUUAUGAUGCUCAUGCAGAUUGUGGGAAAAAUGUCAGUGUGGCAUUUCUUAUGCUUUAUGGGAUUGCAUUGGCAACUGAGGGUUGGGGUGUCGUUGCCAGUUUGAAAAUUUAUCCACCUUUUGCUGGCGCUGCUGUAUCAGCAAUAACCCUUGUUGUAUCUUUUGGAUUUGCUGUAUCUCGUCCAUGCUUGACUCUUAAGAUGAUGGAAGAUGCUGUUCACUUUCUCAGCAAGGAAACUGUUGUUCAGGCGAUUGCUAGAUCUGCUACUAAGACUAGAAAUGCUCUAUCCGGAACUUAUUCUGCUCCACAGAGGUCUGCUAGCUCAGCUGCUCUUCUUGUUGGAGACCCUACCAUCAUGCGUGACAGGGGUGGAAAUUUUGUGCUCCCUAGAGAUGAUGUCGUGAAACUAAGAGAUCGUCUGAGAAAUGAAGAACUAGCUGCAGGAUCAUUCUUCCGCAGAAUAAGAAGUGGAAGGACAUUGCAGCAUGAAUUAACCAGUGAUAUAGGCUACAGAAGAGAAAUGUGUGCCCAUGCGCGAAUUCUGGCUUUAGAAGAGGCAAUUGAUACAGAAUGGGUUUAUAUGUGGGAUAAGUUUGGUGGUUACUUACUUCUUUUGCUUGGUUUGACUGCUAAGGCAGAGAGGGUACAGGAUGAGGUUCGCUUAAGGCUCUUCCUUGAUAGCAUAGGAUUUUCUGAUCUAAGUGCCAAGAAAAUAAAAAAAUGGAUGCCAGAAGACCGCAGACAGUUUGAAAUCAUACAGGAAAGUUAUAUAAGAGAAAAGGAAAUGGAAGAGGAAAUCUUAAUGCAGAGACGUGAAGAAGAGGGAAAGGGUAAAGAAAGAAGGAAGGCUCUUCUGGAGAAGGAAGAACGUAAAUGGAAGGAGAUUGAGGCUUCUCUCAUCUCAUCUAUUCCUAAUGCUGGUAGCAGGGAGGCUGCAGCCAUGGCAGCUGCAGUUCGUGCAGUAGGAGGUGAUUCUGUUCUUGGAGAUACAUUUGCACGUGAGAGAGUUUCAAGCAUUGCACGUCGCAUACGCGCAACUCAGUUGUCUCGUCGCGCAGUCCAGACGGGGACUAUGGGUGCUGUAUGUAUUCUUGACGAUGAACCAACAGCAAGUGGCAGGCACUGUGGCCAGAUUGAUCCUAAUAUAUGUCAAAGUCUAAAGGUUAGCUUCUCUAUUGCAGUGAUGAUCCAGCCUGAGUCUGGGCCAGUUUGUCUCUUGGGUACUGAAUUUCAGAAGAAAGUGUGCUGGGAAAUCCUUGUGGCUGGUUCUGAGCAAGGCAUUGAGGCUGGGCAAGUUGGGCUUAGAUUAAUUACUAAAAGUGAUAGACAAACUACGGUAGCUAAAGAAUGGAGUAUCAGUGCAACUAGUAUUGCGGACGGAAGGUGGCAUAUUGUGACAAUGACCAUAGAUGCUGAUCUAGGUGAGGCUACUUGCUAUUUAGAUGGUGGUUUUGAUGGCUACCAGUCUGGACUACCAUUGCGUGUGGGCAACAGCAUUUGGGAGCAAGGGACUGAAGUUUGGAUUGGCAUUAGACCACCCACAGAUAUGGAUGCCUUUGGGAGGUCAGAUAGUGAAGGAGCUGAACCCAAGAUGCACAUAAUGGAUGUUUUCCUUUGGGGUAGGUGUUUGACUGAAGAUGAGAUUGCUGCUAUUCAUGCUGCCAUGGGUUCUUCCGAGUACAGUAUGAUCGAUCUUCCAGAAGAUAAUUGGCAAUGGGCAGAUUCUCCUCCCAGGGUUGAUGAGUGGGACAGCGAUCCUGCUGAUGUAGAUCUUUAUGACAGGGAUGAUGUAGACUGGGAUGGGCAAUAUUCAAGUGGGAGGAAAAGAAGGUCAGAACGUGAUGGGGUGGUAUUAGAUGUGGAUUCUUUUGCCAGAAAGCUGAGGAAGCCCAGAAUGGAAACACAGGAAGAAAUUAAUCAACGGAUGCUUUCAGUUGAAUUGGCUGUUAAAGAAGCCCUCUGUGCAAAAGGAGAAACACAUUUCACAGAUCAUGAGUUUCCUCCAAAUGAUCAAUCAUUAUUCGUAGAUCCAGAUUACCCUCCUUCAAAAUUGCAGGUUGUCUCUGAGUGGAUGAGGCCAACAGAAAUAGUGAAGGAGAACCAGCCGGAUUCUCGCCCAUGCUUAGUCUCUGGGUCUGCAAAUCCUUCUGACGUUUGUCAGGGUCGAUUAGGUGAUUGUUGGUUUUUGAGUGCUGUUGCUGUUUUAACUGAGGUCUCACGAAUAUCAGAAGUGAUCAUUACACCAGAGUAUAAUGAAGAAGGAAUAUAUACUGUUCGAUUCUGUAUUCAGGGUGAAUGGGUUCCUGUUGUUGUUGAUGACUGGAUUCCAUGUGAAUCACCUGGUAAACCUGCAUUUGCUACCAGUAGGAAGGGGAAUGAACUAUGGGUCUCUAUUUUGGAGAAGGCGUAUGCUAAACUGCAUGGAUCUUUCGAGGCAUUAGAAGGUGGCCUUGUCCAGGAUGCUCUUGUGGAUCUCACUGGAGGAGCGGGUGAGGAGAUUGACAUGAGGAGUGCGCAGGCUCAAAUUGACCUUGCAAGUGGAAGACUAUGGUCUCAGUUGUUACGUUUCAAACAAGAGGGGUUUUUGUUGGGUGCUGGGAGUCCUUCAGGUUCAGAUGUACAUAUUUCUUCCAGUGGAAUUGUGCAAGGACAUGCUUACUCAUUAUUGCAGGUAAGAGAAGUAGAUGGCCACAAACUUGUUCAGAUUCGGAACCCAUGGGCAAAUGAAGUAGAAUGGAAUGGCCCUUGGUCCGAUUCAUCAUCUGAAUGGACUGAUAGGAUGAAGCAUAAGCUCAAGCAUGUUCCACUGUCAAAGGAUGGUAUAUUCUGGAUGUCUUGGCAAGACUUCCAGAUUCACUUCAGAUCAAUUUAUGUCUGUCGUGUAUAUCCCCCGGAUAUGCGUUAUUCUGUCCAUGGCCAAUGGCGAGGUUACAGUGCUGGUGGCUGCCAAGAUUAUGAUACAUGGCAUCAAAAUCCGCAGUUCCGAUUGAGGGCUACCGGGCCAGAUGCUUCAUUUCCAAUUCAUGUGUUCAUUACUUUAACUCAGGGUGUGAGCUUCUCUAGAACGACGGCAGGUUUCAGAAAUUAUCAAUCCAGUCACGACUCAAUGAUGUUCUAUAUUGGGAUGAGGAUACUCAAGACUCGUGGCCGUCGUGCUGCUUACAACAUAUACUUGCAUGAAUCAGUUGGUGGGACAGAUUAUGUAAAUUCUCGAGAAAUAUCAUGUGAAAUGGUUCUAGAACCUGAUCCAAAGGGUUAUACUAUAGUGCCUACAACUAUCCACCCCGGAGAAGAAGCACCAUUUGUACUUUCUGUAUUCACCAAAGCAUCAAUAAUCCUCGAGGCUUUAUAGUGUGCAAUGAUGACCCAUCCAAACACAUCUGCAAAAUUUUGGAUUGCUUGGGUUUUUUGCCUAGAUCAUGCACAAUUGCAAGGAGAUUGACUAAACCCCAGAUUAUUUUGACUGAUAAUUGAGGUUUUAAUUGAUCAUCCUAAAAGUCCUUUCCUAGAAAUUUGUUUGUCAUCUUCCUGCAUAUCAAGUUAAUUAGAGCAAGCUCCAAACAUGAAAUGUGGAAUUUCCGGAGUUGGCAUUUUCCCAUUCUUACCCAAAUGUAUCUUUUUAAAUUCACCACGGGAUGGGAUUUUCCUUGCCUAAAUCCGAUAUGAAUGGGUCGGUGACAAAUUCUCUUUUCCCCGUGAGAAUUAUCGGCGUGUUUUGACAUACAUUUUACAGCCAGCUGUCUGCCUGAUAUCCUAAAACGAUUCUCCAGCUUCUUGCUUCCCAGCUUAACGACAGGAGACAGACUGGUUUUUUUUAUAUAUCUGAUAUUAAUUAUUAGAGUACCAUUUCUGGAAAAGGCUGCCACAAAUCGAGCAGGGAACACAAUGCAAUUCUGAUCUCAGCUGCAAGGGAUGUUUUUGGGUUAAUAAUGCUCAAAAGGCCGGUGAUUCAAUUUCUCGGUUCAAUUCCAAGCUCAGAGCUCACCAGAUAUCAUUGUUCCUUAGCUGUAAUGUUAUAUUAUCAACAGGGAAUGAUCAUGUCGAAAUUGUGUUUAUGAUCUAGAGGCUGUCUCAAUUUUCUUCUCUGGCCAUUUGCUUCUGCCGGCAUUGAAGAGGGUUCUCGGAGAUAAUCUGUACAUGAGUAGAUGUUGUAAGAAUAUAGGAUUUGAUGAUGUAAAUGGGGGGGUGAAAAGGAAAGGGUUGAAAAGAAAUAGAAGAGGAAUUAGAUACAUUAUUGGAGGAUAAUACAAAAAAGCAUUGUAGCUGGAUCUGGGUUUAGAAGUUUUCAGCUGCAGUUUUGAAGUGCUUUGGUCCAACAUUACUUGUACAAACGUUUCUUUUUGCAAUAUAAUUUACCCAUUUAAGCACUUUUGUU